CAAAAUAGCUAAGUCCAUUUUGCAGUUCCUCAAAAAGAAAAAAUCCCAUCAUAGUUCCUCAUCCGGCGAGGGCAAGCUACAGGCGCAGUCCAGUUGCGAGGAGGAGGGCGGAGCGGCAGCGGGAGGAGCGGGCGCGGCAGGAGCGGCAGCAGGACCCACAGCGGACCAGGCUACCACUUCCUCAAAAAGUCCCAUCAUAGUUCCGCAUCCGCCCGGUUCGGCAGCGGAUUCCGGAGCAGCAGGCACUAGUGGCGGCGGAGGAGGAGGAGGCGCAACAGCAAGCAGCUCCGGCGACGAUCAGGCCCAGGUGUCGGCCAGCGCUACCUUCCGCCUCUCAUCGCUAACGGGCACCAUCUCCAAGAUGGGCAACAACGCCACCACGUCGAACAAGAAGGUCGAUGCCGCCGAGACGGUCAAGGAGUUCCUCGAGCAGGCCAAGGAGGAGUUCGAGGACAAGUGGCGACGCAAUCCGACCAACACCGCCGCCCUCGAUGACUUUGAGCGCAUCAAGACCCUGGGCACCGGGUCCUUUGGUCGCGUCAUGAUCGUCCAGCACAAACCCACGAAAGACUACUACGCCAUGAAGAUCCUCGACAAGCAGAAGGUGGUCAAGCUGAAGCAGGUGGAGCACACGCUGAACGAGAAGCGCAUCCUGCAGGCCAUCCAGUUCCCCUUCCUCGUCUCGCUGCGCUACCACUUCAAGGACAACUCCAACCUCUACAUGGUGCUGGAGUACGUCCCCGGUGGCGAGAUGUUCUCCCAUCUGCGCAAGGUGGGUCGCUUCUCGGAGCCGCACUCGCGCUUCUAUGCGGCGCAGAUCGUGCUGGCCUUCGAGUACCUGCACUACCUGGACCUCAUUUACCGCGAUCUGAAGCCGGAGAACCUGCUGAUCGACUCGCAGGGCUACCUCAAGGUGACGGACUUCGGCUUCGCCAAGCGGGUCAAGGGUCGCACCUGGACGCUGUGCGGCACGCCCGAAUACCUGGCCCCGGAGAUCAUUCUGUCCAAGGGCUACAACAAGGCCGUCGACUGGUGGGCGUUGGGUGUGCUCGUCUACGAAAUGGCAGCCGGCUAUCCGCCGUUCUUUGCGGAUCAACCGAUCCAGAUCUACGAGAAGAUCGUCUCCGGCAAGGUGCGCUUCCCAUCGCACUUUGGCUCUGAUCUUAAGGACCUGCUGCGCAACCUGCUGCAGGUGGACCUGACCAAGCGCUACGGCAAUCUGAAGGCGGGCGUCAAUGAUAUUAAGAACCAAAAGUGGUUCGCCUCCACCGACUGGAUUGCGAUCUUCCAAAAGAAAAUCGAGGCGCCGUUCAUUCCGCGGUGUAAGGGUCCCGGCGACACGAGCAAUUUCGACGAUUACGAGGAGGAGGCGCUGCGGAUCUCCAGCACCGAGAAGUGUGCCAAGGAGUUUGCUGAAUUCUAGAGGAGCUCUUCGCCAGUCAGCCCCAAUUCAAAUCCCCUCGUUCUGCAGGCGUCUGCAACUGCAAUUGUAUCUGCAACUGCUCCUGCUGUUGCCACCGCCGUGGCAUCGCGGACCACGUCCUCAUCGUCGUUGUCGUCGUCUUGUCUAUAUGUCUACUACUUACAACUACAACAACUGUAACAGCCCCCACAACACAACAACCGCCACCACAUCUGCGUCUGUCUAUCUGUCUGCAUCUACUCCGCAUCCACAUUUUUGCCAACAUUGGAUUUCCUACCAAACACAACAACUUACAUCAACCAUUUCCCUGCGUCUUCAAGUGGGACAGUUUGAGCAAACACAGCCGGAACAAUCUUUUCAUCUGGCGGGUGUGCGAAGCCGAGUGGAAGGACUUGGAAGGCGAUUUGAUUUGCAAUCCGGAUACCGAAUCAACAAGAUAUAAAAACCGAUAAAAUAAUGACUUACCCAUUAAUAUUCAUUCAUAACAUAUAGCGUAUUUAACCACGAGACUACAGAUAUUUAGUUGUAAACGUAGCUUAGUCUAAACUAAAGAAUACAAGAGAAACCGAUAAAGAACCAGCAACAGAAGCGAGAGCAAAGCGAUAGUGAAAGUGAAGAAUGUGAAAGAGGAAAUCCAGGAGAAUUGUCAUCUAAGCCAGGGCUAAAGAAUUUCAUUUCGAUUCAUUUCGAUCGAUCGAUCCAGAUCGGUCACUCAGUCAGCUGCAGCAAUAACAAGUUGAGAGUAUAAAACGCUUUAAUAAUUUUUAAAUAAAACACAAAGGUUAAAUUUAACACAAAAAUUAUGGCGCACACAGUGUGCUUGACAAAAAAAUGGCAACAUCAACAAGCAAACAAAGAAGCAGGCCAAUCUUACGAUAAAUUAAAGGUGUUAUGUGUAGGGGAGAAGAGCAGAAACGAGUUGAAGUCCUCGGAAAAACCCAAAGCCAGAGUCGCCAGGUGACAAAAGUGAACCAGGUGACCACAGGUGACCAGUGAGUGAAAUCAGUAGUCCGCAGUUGACCCCGCCUUCCCGCUCAGCGAGCUUGAGUUCACGCAGCCCCGACAAUUUGGCGUCUUUACCGCAGACAUGUCUCUAGAUAUUUAUAUAUAUAUUCGCGUAUAUAAAUGUUGUACAAUCAGCGACGACGUGCAACAAUAAACCAACCGCCCGCCCCGUAAGAACAGAACCACAACCAGAAACAUAUUCGGGAACCAUAAUCAGAGUCCAAACACCUACCUAUCCAUCCAUCCACCACUCGCAAGGAACCACAUCAACUACUCAGAACUCUAAAGCAAGUAACAGUAACAACCACAAGAUAAAAGAUACAUUUGAAACGCAGCAAGAAAUAUAUAAAGUAAAGAAAACAAAUCUAAAUGUUUAACUUUAAGCCACGUAAAACAAAAGGAAAAGAAAAGAAAACAAGCAAAAAAAAUCAACUGAAAUUUGUGUGUAUAAAACGUAUAAAACUUAGCAUUAAUGAAAUUAAAGAAGAAAGCGGAUGCCGAAGAUGUCGACGGAGUCAUGUCUAUAGAUACACAAAGAUUGAAGCGUUAUACUUACCCAGAGCAGAACAAAGAGAAUAUCAUGUGCUAAGUAUAGUAAUUUGGAGCAGACAGAAAUGAAGAGGAGAAAGAAGAAAAAGGCAACUAUAGCAGUUAUAUUCAAGUAAAUAUCGAUCGGAUAUCGGAGUAUAUUUAUUGUUUCGUUACGUGCGGAGAGGUGUGGAAAUCAUUUUAGUUUGCCUGGCCUCAGGAGAUAUCGAAAUCGUUUCCAAGCCACCUUUCAGUUUAAGUGGCACCCCUUCGCACUGCUUUCCCUGUUAUUAUUUAUUUUUAAAAGUCAAGACUUUUGAAUUAUGUUGUUGUUGUGAGAGGAGAGGUAUAUAAGGAGCGCGAGCAACUCGGGAUCGUAACAAAUAAAAUUAAUUUAUAAAUACCUUUUAUGUUUUCUAUGAUUAUUUGUUCAACUAGUUGCGAGACAAAAGUCAUAAAUAGGCGUUAGUUAAGCAUCUAAAUUUAAUGGUAAAUAAAAGUAAACAAAGCAAGAGAAACCGAAAUCAAUCGCGUAAGAAGGCGGUGUUUGUAGCCACGAAAUGUUCACAUCACAACCAAAUUGUCUCCCCUUUAUAUGAAACAUACACAUGUUUAUGUGUUUCUGAUCAGUUUGUUUGAGGAACUAUCGGCGAUCCUUUGAAUUGUGUCCAUUGUCAGUCACCCACACCAAAAAAAUGAAGAAAAAUACAAAAAACACACGGACAAAACACAUAAGCAUAUUCUGAAAAUAAUCUACGUAGUCUGAGCAUAAACUUUAAUGUGGAUAUAUGAAACUAAAUAUAUAUAUUCGAAACAUAUGUGCAGUAAGAGAGCGAGGAGUCGAUCUUUAAUUUUGUGCAAUUUUUGUUUUGUGUUAGUUAACUUUUUACGGUGACUGUUGUCGGCACUGUCCUCUAAGUGUGCAGAUACAGUAUCUGAGGAGCCCAACCUGAGCUUUACUAUCUGACUAACGAUUUGAAUGCUUUACGUUCUUGUAUUAAAGAUACAUUAUGCACUACUUUGUACUACUUUUAAUAUAUCAUCUAUCCUUUUUUUUACUCCCCAAGCUUUCCCCUCAGUCAAAAAGUUUGUUCGGUUAGGUUAGCCGGAAGGAGGAAACCUUUUCGUUGUUGUUUCAUGUGAGUGCGUGCGAGGUACAUAUUAACUGAAUAAUAUAUACAUGAAUACUAUAUAUGUGACAGGAACCAGAACGCAAGAAAAUGAGAAAGCAAAAUUCAAGUUAUUUAAUUUAGUUUAUACAUUUAAGUUUAUAUAGCAAGUGCAUAUAUAUACAAAUAUAUAUAUAUUUAAAACCAACAAAUAAGAUGAGAAGUCUUAAAAAAACAACAAACAAAACAACCAAACAAACACAACAAACAAGCAUACAAUAAAAAACAAAUUUGCGAAAAAGUAAAAGAAUUAUAAGUAUAUCGAUGGUUUGAAGCGGAGAGGAAGAGAACAAGAAAACACAAAGGAUAAGAAACAAACAAAGAAAAAACCAAUAAAAUGAAUUUGAAAUCCUUAAAAAGUA